GGAGGGUGCCGGAGGGCAGAAGAAUAAAGGAAGCAAACACAGCAAAGAUCCAUUAUAGCUAAACGAGAAAGAGAGCGUAAAUCGAGCAAGAAAGCAUACUUGUGCGUGCGCUUGGAUGUGUACAAGUGUGCUUAUGUGUGUGCGCCUGGAUGUGUACAGCUGUGCUCAUGUGUGUUCGCCUGGAUGUGUACAAGUGUGCUUAUGUGUGUGUGCGCCUGUGAAGUGGAUUGCAUUCUUGAAAAGAGAGAGAGAGAGAGAGAGAGAGAGAGAGAGAGAGAGAGAGAGAGAGAGAGUGCGCUUGGAUGUGUAGGAGUGUGCUUAUGUGUGUGUGCGCCUGAGCGUAGAUUGCAUUCUUGAAGAGAGAGAGAGAGAGAGAGAGAGAGAGAGAGAGAGAGAGAGAGUUUUGUACUAUGUGAUUAGGAUGGCAGAUGGAGCCGUUGCCGAGGUGGGGAGGUAGUACAGAUACCUCAUGCGGAAGGAGCCGCCACCACCGAAUAAGGUGAGCGCGUCGAAAGCGAGAGCGCGACUGCUGUUGAACCGGAGCAGGUCCCGACGGCGGAGGAGGUAGGCAUACUAGGCAAGGAUCGAGCGAUCAGCGCAGAUUCGGGCCCUGCCCUGGGUUGCAGCAGCCUGCAGGAGAUUCGUAAACUAGAAAGCAGUGCCAUGCAGGACGUCGAGAAACGUAUCGAACAUCUAACGAGGCUGGAGGCGGAGGAGGUAAAGUUGGAGGAGGGGAAAGAGGAGCAGCUGCAAAGGGAGGAGGAGGAGGAGAUAAUGACUGACUCAGAGGUAAAAAAGAUUGGGAAGGAGAAAGAGGAGGAGCAGCUGCCAAAGAAGGAGGAGGAGGAGGAGGAGGAGGAGGAGGAGGAGGAUAAGGAGGAGAAGUUGAAGAAGAUGGAGGUCGUGAGUAAGAAAGCAAUGCAAAAGAAGGACACACUGGAGGAGAAGGCUGCGGACCUUGUCAUGUCGAGUGAAGAAGCGCUGGACGUUGCGAGAGCGAUGCCGGAGGAAGAGCUGAAGGAGCUGGCGCGGGAUCGAGCGGAAAGGCUGAGGGGUAAAGCUCGAGAGAUGGAAAGGCUAGCGAAACAAGAGGCUGAGAAGAUAAAGGACGCUGCCAAACUUCGACAGGAACUGCUUCAUGAGAAGAAAUCGUAAAACGUUUUUCUUCAACAAAACGAAGGGCACUGAGGCAGAAGAAGGUUCAAGAAGCAGAAGAAGCAGCAGUAGAAGAAGAAGAGAGCCAUGAGAAGAAGGAGAAGCAGAAGAAGGAGACGACAAAGAAGAAGAAGAAGAUGAACAGGAUUAAGAACAAAAAGAAGUGAACAAGAAGUGGACAAGAAGAGGAGAGGAAGGGGAGAAGAAGUGGACAAGAAGAGGAGAAGAAAAGCAGCAGAAGCAGUAGCAUUAGAAGAAGAAAGAGAAGAAGCAGAAGGUGAAGCAGACGACGAAGAAGAAGAAGAUGAGCAGGAGGAUUAAGAACAAGAGGAAGGCGAGGAGAAGCGGCGGCGAUGAAAGGGAGAGGAAGUGAGAAGAAGUGGAAAAGAAAAGGAGCAGCCGCAGAAGAGGCAGGGGCAGUAGUUGAAGAACGGAGCUACAAGAAGAAGGAAAGCAGAAGAAGACGCAGACGACGACGAAGAAGAAGAAGAAGACCAGCAGGAUUAAAAUAAAGAGGAAGUGGAGAAGUGGAGAAGAACUGGAGAGGAAAUGGAGUAGAUUAUGAAAAAAUCGAGGUUGUUAUAACCAUUCCGGCAUAAACGUAGUAGUAGUAGCCGGCAUAAAAGUAGUAGUAGUAGUAGUAGUAGUAGUAGUAGUAGCAGUAGUAGUAGUGGUAGUCGUCGUCGUCUACUAGUAGUAGUAGUAGUAGUAGUAGUAGUAGUAGUAGCAGUAGUAGUAGUAGUGGUAGUCGUCGUCGUCGUAGUAGUAGUAGUAGUAGUAGUAGUAGGAGGAGGAGGAGGAGGAGGAGGAGGAAGAGGAGGAGGAGGAGGGGGAAGAGAUUGACUCGGAAUCUCCAGAGAGAGAUGACGGAGGACAUAUGAACAGCAUGAUCUGGUUGAGGGCGGGGUGUAAUGCAGAUGCAAGAAAUACAUUCGCGAUUAUAAAUGUCGAAAGAGUGGGGUCAACGGUCAACGGUCAACGGUCAACAGCAGAACUGGGAAAAUUAGGGAAAACACUUGGAAAAGGAGUGGGAGGAGGAGAAUGAAGUAGAAACGGUGUG